AUGGCGGAUCAGGCCCAGGACGUCCGUCCGACGGAGUGGGGUCCGGGCAAGACACCACAGGGAAGAGCUCGUCUACCAUCAAGCUUCGAUGCGACCGUCAAAGGCCCUGUAGCAGCUGUGCACAGCGGGAGCUUGACACGUACCACCACCCAAGAUCGUGUCCGCCAUCUUGAGAGCUUGGUAUAUGAUCUGAUGCAGAAUUCAUCCGCCAACGUUAACCACGACCACGUCGGAGCAACCCCGUCGCCCGGUGGCCAACCCCACGUCCCUGACUACCCAACUCCCUCUGCAGCUCAUGCUCCAUCUACCAAUGAAGAGCCGGCAAGCGUCGCUGUUUCGCCGGCGGAUUAUGGAAGCAUGCAGUCAACAGGUGGCGGCGCCAAUUACGUGGGUAGUGCACAUUGGGCUGCAGUACUUGAUGGCAUUGCCGAGCUCAAAGACCACCUUGAUAACGAAGAGUCACGUCAUUUUGAUAACCAGGGGGUCGAUCCUCCAUGUCUUCAGAUCACUGGUCCUCAGCUGUUGUACGGAUGCCCCAAGCCGGCUGACAAAGAUGAGAUUCUCUCGUCGAUCCCUGCUCGUUCGGUAGUCGAUCGGUUGGUAUCCCGCUACUUUAAUUCUUUCGAGAUGUCUCCAGCUGUGUUACACAGCGUCCAGUUUCUGGACGAGUAUGAAGAGUUUUGGGAAGAUCCACCAACAACAUCACCCAUUUGGUUGGGCUUACUAUUCACUAUCAUGUGUCUAGCCACUCAAUUUGAAAAGUCCCGUCUCGAUCCUGGCGUCCAAUCACCAGCAGUUCUCUCUAUGGAGCGAGAGUUGCAAGAAAUGGUGGAUACCUUCAGACUGAGGAUUCCCCAGUGCCUGGUUCUCGGGAGUUACGCCAAGGGUGGACCCUUCGUUCUAGAGACACUCAUGCUGUAUAUCGCAGCAGAGAUAUUUCUCAGCAACGAUGCAGAGAUUGAAAUAUGGAUUCUGAUGGGCAAUACUGUCCAACUUGCCUUACACAUGGGUUAUCAUCGAGACCCCAAACACUUUAAGGGCUUAUCACCUUUUUCUGCUGAGAUGCGCAGAAGGGUUUGGGCUACCAUCGUCGAGAUGGAUCUUGGGUUAUCAGCUCAGAUGGGUCUACCACGCAUGAUCAAGCAUUGGCAGACUGAUACUCAAGAGCCUUCGAACCUUCAGGAUAGUGACUUUGACAGUGCUACAGUCGAGAUGCCACCGUCAAGACUCAGCACAGAUCUUACGCCUAUUCUAUAUCGCCUCGUCAAGGCAAGGUUGAUGACAACUAUUGGAUACAUCUGGGACUUUUCUGCCGAUGUCAGACCAUAUCCCUAUACAGAAGUGCAGAAGAUGGAUGACAAACUUGACCAAGCACGCAAGUCAAUCCCUGAAUGUCUCAAGUGGCACUCUAUGGCACGCAAUAUCACCGACUCUCCUCAGCACAUCAUGCAGAAGGUUAUCUUGGAAACUGUCUUCUACAGAGCCAAGAUUGUCCUUCACAGAAAGUACAUGUUCUUGCCUCUCGCACACUCGGCUAGCUCUAGACGUAUCGUGUUGGAGUCGGCACUCAAGCUUCUUGAUUACCAACACAUUCUUCAAGAGGAGACGCAGCCGUUCUGCCAGCUAUACCAAGAGAGAUGGAGAGUGUCUUCUUUAGUGAACCACGACUUUCUUCUGGCUACAAGUAUUCUCUGCUACUAUCUACAGCAUGCCCGUGGAGCAGCACCGCAGCUUUCAGAAUCUGAUUUUCUUGAUGAAACCAUCAUGGCGUCUCUCAAGCGAUCACAUGACAUUUGGCUUCAGUCGAGCAACUCCUCCAAAGAGGCCCGCAAAGUUGUGCGAGCCCUGGCAGUUGUCUUGGGAAGAGUCAAUACGCCAAGCGCAGAUUCCGCGGGGGUAGCUGGCCUUGUCUUUGGGUUUCAAUCAACAUACCCAUCUUCUACGACCAACGAUUAUAGCCAAGAGACUACAGGGGGACUCGGCUCUGAAUUCCCGAUGUUCAAUUUCGCUCUGAUGCCAGACUGGGCAACGUCUGCGGAUGAUCUUGUUUCAGCGCCCACGAUUACCCAAACAGCUGAAUGGCAAGAGAUGGACGGUCAGUCAUAUUGGUCGUGUUGA